GGUGGGGCCGAGCUGUCGUGAGGCACGCCGGCGGGCGGUUGCGGUGUCCGCGCUGUCCGCUCCGCCGGUUGUCAUUGGGCUCCGAGGAGCGGCGCCGAGGGCACCGUGGGCGGCCUGGUGUCUGGCACGGCCAUGGCGGGCGCGCUGGUGCGGAAGGCGGCGGACUAUGUCCGGAGCAAGGACUUCCGGGACUACCUCAUGAGUACGCACUUUUGGGGCCCAGUAGCCAACUGGGGUCUUCCCAUUGCUGCCAUCAAUGACAUGAAAAAGUCUCCGGAGAUUAUCAGUGGGCGGAUGACAUUUGCCCUCUGCUGUUACUCCCUGACAUUCAUGAGAUUCGCCUACAAGGUGCAGCCUCGCAACUGGCUGCUGUUCGCCUGCCACGCCACGAACGAGGUAGCCCAGCUCACCCAGGGGGGACGGCUGCUCCGGCACGAGAUGUCUAAAAACGCCUCAGCAUAACAGUGGAGAAUGAAGAUCCGGCUUGUUGAAGGGGCGGCAUUGCCGCUGCUGCUGCUGCUGAGUCACAGGUUCCACCCUAGUGAAUAGUGUUGCUAAGAAAAAUAAGCGGAAUGAAUGCUACUUGUACUAACCAGACUGUUUCCCUAGAAAUAGCAGGGAGUUCCUAAACCUACGCUCUGCUGCCUUACAAGUACUGAAUGUUUCACUUCUCUUCAGAAAGAGUAGCUCAAAUAUGCGGUCAAUUUAAUAAUUCCCAAUGAUGGUUUUAUCUGCAGUAAUAUGGAUGUUAUCUGUUAGAAUUUACUUAAUGAAAAACUGAAGAGAACAAAAUUUGUAACCAUCAGCAUUUAAGUACUCAGAAAUCAUGACCUUUCGUUUAAUGACCAUGAGACAGCUGACAGCUGGCCACAUAGCUAAAAUCACAUUGCUAGUGUUUGGAAAGGUAUUUGUAUUUCCAUGCAGUGUGUAUAUUGAAAUGCUGUAAAUUAAUGGCAAUAAAUGAUUUAAAUAUU